AUGUUGAUGAUUCAUUGUCUGUCUGGAGCUCCCAAAUGCCUUUUAUGCUUACAUAUUCAUAACCAACAACGGCUAUUAAUUAUAAACCAAAAACACGAAAUAAGUUUGUAGCAAAGUGAAAUUAGGAAUCUUGGAGAUGGAUCCAUUAGUAGUAGGAUAAUAGGAUAUGAUGGAAUUUGGUUGGGGAACAGUGAUAACUUACGCUUGCUUCCGGCGCCGGGAAAGUUGGAAAACCUACAAAGUACAGAAAUGGAUCUGGGCCUUGAAGUGGGCUUUUUAUUAAAGAAAAAAAUACAUCUCCGUUAUCAAUCACCAUCUUCUUCUAUCUACAAAUUAAAGAAGGUAACAACAGAACGUGGUGGAUCAUGUGGUUAGGCAUUAAUUAUUUGCUUUGUUUCGCCGUUUUGGUAACACACAGACACAGUUCCGGUAAGAGCUUUUGCAGCCACUCUUUAUAGUUAUUUAGAAUUGGCGAUCGAAUCAAUCUCACUCCCUCCCUCCCUUAAGUCUUGUUGAAUCUGCUGAAUUGUUUUAUAAAGAGUUACUUUGGCAAAAUGGAAAAUCCGGCGAAGAGAGUGUUGAUGACAUCCAACGGCGACGAGGUGUCCCGAAACAUCGCUUUCCAUCUAGCCAAACACGGUUGCAAGUUGGUAAUGAUGGGAAAUGAGGGUUCCCUAAGGAGCAUUGUAGACAAGAUUAGAGAUUCCAUUGAGGGAGCCUUCCCUGCCGAUGUUAUAGCACUCGACAUGGAAUCUGACUCUGAAGUUGCUUUUCAUGCCGCUGUCCAAAAGGCAUGGGAACUUUCCGGCCAUUUCGAUGCUUUUCUCAACUCUUAUACCUACCAAGGAAAGGUGCAGGACAUUCUUCAAGUCUCUCAAGAUGAGUUCCACAGAAUCACAAAGAUCAAUCUCACCGCUCCAUGGUUUCUCUUGAAGGCUGUAGCCACAAGGAUGAAGGACCAUGGAUCAGGAGGCUCCAUUGUCUUCAUGGCCACUAUCGCCAGCGGAGAGAGGGCGCUUUACCCUGGCGCUGAUGCCUACGCUUCAACUUCUGCCGCUAUUCACCAGCUCGUCCGGGCAUCAGCCAUGAGUCUCGGGAAGCACAAGAUACGGGUCAACAUGAUCUCUAGAGGGCUGCAUCUGGAUGAUGAGUAUACAGCUUCUGUGGGAAGAGACCGAGCGCAGAAGCUGGUCAAGGACGCUGCACCCCUCGGCCAGUGGCUCAACCCGGACACAGACCUCUACUCCACUGUUAUCUACUUGAUCAGCGAUGGCUCACGCUUCAUGACAGGCACCACUGUCUUGGUGGAUGGAGCGCAGUCCCUUACGCGACCCCGUCUCAAAUCCUACAUGUGAUCAAUGCCUAGUAUUAUUAUAAUUCUAUGUUGUGUGUAAAAAGUGAAUAUGAAUCAAGUUUGAAUAACUAUGGAGGGAUGAAUAAUCCAUGGAAUCAAUGAUUAUAUACUUUUGACAAGUAUAGAAGAAAGCAAAGAGCCAAAAUAGUCAACAAUCUCAACAUCAUUCGAGCUCAUUGUUUAUUGAAUUCAAUCAAGUUUGGUAGGUGAACCUCAAAUACACGUGAUAUUGGAUAUUAUCUUGGAAACCUUGCUAAUCCAAAUUGUAAAUCAAAUAAGAAAAGAAUGAUUAC